AUGCCGCACCCUCCGCCCACCCACGCCAAACCCGCCAAAACCCCCCGACCCGCCAGUGCCGACGAAGCGCCAGAUCCAGCCACCCUCCGCCUCAAACUCAUGCACGCGGUCCCGGAGCACUGUCCCCAGGCGAUCUACACCAGCGUCCCCCAGCGCGCUCACGGUGAGGCGGAGCACGCGCGGUGGUUCAGCGCCUCGGAGGCAGCGAGACCGGGCAGCCGUCGCGCGUCGAGGACAAGAACGAGGUCCAUGGAUGCGAAGGAGAGGCCGAGAGAGCGCGGCGCGGCGGCGGGUGCGACUGCGCUGCCGAUCACGAUGGGGAAGGGGAGUGCUGCGCACUCCGGUAGCUUUGGAGAAAGUGGUAGGUAUCCUGCUCAUGGAGAAGUCUCAGCUGACGUCGAUGCCUGUGCGGCGGUUCUCCGUUCUCUGAGUGCUGCGGGCAGUCGGAUGCUGGAGGCGGAGGAAGCGGGACUGAAGAGUGGGAGAGGCGAUGCGGAGGGCGAGAGACGGGUGAAGAGGAGGAGGUUUGUGAUUCCGGAUAGCGAGGAUGACGAGGAUGCGGUUGAAGAGGUGGAGAAAGGUCGGGGGAAGGAAAGGAGGGAAGAAGAAGCGAGGGAGUCGGAAGUGAGGGAGAAGAGCAAGGCGGUAUGUGGAACGGACGGGCGAUGGAGAUACGUCGUGCUAAGCUGGAAAGACUGGUCCCUCCAAGAGGUCGACGACGAGAGGGCGGCGAUGAAAGUUACCAAACAGCAUAACCCUGGAAUCGAUGCUGGAAAUGGCGUGAUGCUCUACGUCAACGAUGCGCCAGAUCGCGGGCUCCAUCGUGGACUCCAGGAAGACCAGAGCUCUAUAAACUACAUAGCUGAUCUCGAGGAGGAAUUCCAGCUGCCGCACACGUACAAUCACCUCCGAUUGGCUGGAGAGAGCAGUCGGCGCUUUAGGAGGGAGCUGGAGAUACCGGAUGACGUGCCAGAAGGCUCGCCGCUGUACUAUGUGAUCUGGCUGGCUGUGGAAAGACUGAGAACGGCAGAGAGGUCGUUGGAUGGGGCUUGA